UGUGGUGGACGCUUCGAUCGGUUGCUACCUCGUCGCUCAGCUUUUUAGUGGACAGAAACUCCGUAGGCAUUCCGUUUAUCGUGCAUCUCAGAUCAGGACUCGAACGUUCUAGCUUUGCUUCGUGUGUGCGCGCGCGUGUGUUUUUCGGUUUCGCAAACAAAUCUGCAAUCCCCCCCCCCCCUCGCAUCCGAUCCUCUCCAAGACACGAUCGCACUGUCGCAACACCAGAACCACAGCGACACGGCUGCAGUGCGGUGGGGGUGCAUCAAGCCCCGAGUUCCGACCUGUGUGUUCCAGUGGAAAAAUUGGCCCAACUGCAAAACCGGGUGUCACCAUUGGAGGUGGUGCUGAUGGUGGUUUUGGUGGAUCAGGAUUUGUGAAGCCAGGUUUUCACGUGAAACCGGACCGUGUCGUGAGGUGGAGCGGACGAGCGUACGACGGGGGAUCGAGCCACAACAGAUCGAGUGAGGCGCGAUCAAAAAGAACCUGCAGCGAUCUUCGCGAGUGCAGUCUGUGCAGUGACAGCGUAGCGUCAACGUGUGCAGCAGCAGCAGCAGCAGCAGCAGCAGCAGUAGCCGUAGCUACAGUUUAGUGCCUUCGAUAUCGAUCAGCAAGCACCAAAGGCAAUGGAGAGCUGCGCUAGUAAUGGAGGAAGGCAAGGUUCUGAACGAGGACGCCCGGUUCGCGUGCAAAGGGCAUCCAAACGCCAGCCUGCAGCAACCACAGUGGUGACACGGUUUCGCUGCAACGCCACGAUGGUUGGCGUACUCGGUACCGCCGUGGUCCUGCUGGCGGUCCUUCACCUGACGGUGGCCAAAGAGAUCGCGAUCCGCAACCGAGAUGUGCCGCAGUACAAAGAACGACCGGAAUGGCUGCGACAGUGCCGUCGAGCGAACCCGAACGAGGACGAUUGCUUCAAGAAGAUGUUCGAAGGGACCUUUCCCUACAUUGCCAAAGGUAUUCCAGAGAUCGGUGUGCAGCCGUUUGAUCCACUGAGGAUCGAGUCAAUCCAGGUGUCGCGUGGUUCCGGUGGUCUAACGUUGAGUGGUGGCUUCAAGAAGCUUAGCAUCAAGGGCCCCUCGAACACGACGGUGCGUCGGGCAUCGCUGGACUUUGGCAAGAAGGUGCUGGCGUUCGAUCUGGAGAUACCGAAGCUGCGGAUCGAUGCGGUGUACAAUCUGAAGGGGAACGUGUUGCUGCUGCCCCUCGUCGGUGAUGGUGAUGUGACGAUGACGUUGAAGAACGUCAAGACGGCGGUGGUGACCAAAUUUUCCGUCCGGCCAAUGCCUGAGGAUGCGAUCUUUAUCGAGGAGAUGAAAGUGACCUUCCUUGUCGGCGGUAUGCGCAUACAUCUGGACAACCUGUUCCAAGGGAAUCAAGUGCUGGGCGCCUCGCUCAACCUGUUCCUGAACCAGAACGCCGCCGAAGUGAUCGGCGAGCUGCGAUCGGAUCUCGAGUACGGGCUGGCCGACAUCUUCACCGGGCUGUGGAACGAGCUGUUCAACAAGCUUCCGCUGAAGCUGUGGCUGUCCUAGGCAGGCAGAGAGGGGCCCUAAGGGCGCAGCACUGCGCAAGGACACCAUUUAUCGUGCACCGAGGCGAUCGUUAUCAGAUGGUACAAUCCAUCCAUCGCUGAUCGAGUGCGAAUGGGAAGAAAGGAAGGUCAUCCGCGCUUUGUAAAUAGUAGCGAUUAAGCGACCUCUUCUUUAUCAUUGGACCCACCAUUGCACGCCGACUUACAAGCGUGACCAAAACAUCUUCUUUCCGGUGGAGGAGGAGGAGGAUGAGGAGGCGUAGGUAAGGUUUGAAUUAUAACGAUGUUAAGAGACGAAACUACGACCUUAGGAUUAGUGAAAUGUACAUAAUAUGGAUGGAGAAAUAAAUUAACUUCAGAAAACUA